UGAUAUUUGCCGAUCCUGCCUUUGACGAUGCAUCUAGCUACGCGCGUCGGCAAUUGCCGGCUGCGGCGGCUGGCGAAGAUGCUCUCCUAGUUAGGUCCCAGCCCUACGCACACCGAUUUUAGCGGAGCGUGCGCGUAAGCGACGUAGAUCCGCAUUGCGCCCCUAGAGGUUGCACAAGCCGGCGGCGCGCGCGAGCACGCACGCAUCUAGGCGCCGCGGCACCGAACCAUGUCCUCGCGCAAGCGCCCCCACGCCAAGGUCGCGUCGAGCGACGUGCCCCUGCGCACCGGCCAGUGGACGCAGGCCGAGAUCGCCUUUGCGAACCAAGUGAUCGCCCACUUCCACGCCGGCGUUCUUCCCAAUUGCGACAACGGGGCGACUUUGAGAGCGUUACUUGCCGAAUUGUUGCACUGCUCGCCGAUGCGGAUUUCCAAGAAGUUUGCUGGUGAUGGGGCUAUUGGUAAACGUACUUUUACUCGCUCCGGCGCUUUGGCGGAUGCCGCUCGGGCCGAAUUGUAUCGGUUGGAGAAGGCCUUCCACGAGUCGAUAGAUGGGCAGCAGCGGUGGCCCCUCGCGCCCUGGCACACGCUUUUACUUGGAAGGGACGAGCCUGUUAGGGGUCCGGCGCCGCCGCCACCUAGUAGACCCGUGGCGCCGACCGUGCCUCCACGAUCUCGCGGCGCGCCGCCGCGCCAGACGCCUAUCACUUUGUCAAGGCUGAACUACGACCAGCAGCCCCAGGGCGCGGUCGCGCGACGAGGGAGUCGAGGCGGCAUCACCAUGCCCGAGGGUGCGGCGUUGAAUGCGUCUCGGCCGCGAGGUGCUCCACCUCGACCACCAGCUCCCGCCCCAGCACCAAAUAGACCUCCUGAACAAUACGGUUCCCUGUACAACCGCCAAUUGCUCCACCGAGAAGUCUACGGCUGGGUGCCGAAUGAGCUGGGCGUCGAGCAGUCGCCCCAGACUUUAGCAAGGAUGCUCGAUCCCACGGGCCAGCCCCAACCACGGGGCCCGCCGUCGAUGGCGCAGCAGAUGUUCUGGCCGAACCUGCCGCCCGGCGCGUCGCCGCUCGACUUGCAGCGCCAGCUCCCGCCCGGCGCGUCGCCCCUGGAUUUGCAGCGGCAGAUCCCGCCACCCGUUCCAGGCCAGGGCGGGCCGUCGCCGCCGCUGCCGCAGGGCUCGCCGAUCGGCUUCAGUCCUAUGAUCGACUUCGCGCGCAUGCCGCCGCCUCCACCAGUGGCGACGGGGCCGUCGCCGGCUCCGUUAUCUCGUGCUUUGUACGCCGCGGCGCCGCCUCCUCAGUCGGUCGUGGCGGCCGCGCACGCCGCGGCGCAGGCGGCGGCCGGCGUGGCUUCGUCGGACACGCCGCAGAGCGUGACGUCUGAAUUAUCUGCGGGUUCUCCGGCUUCACAAACAGCCGGUACGCUGAGCGGCGCCGACAACACGGCUGAGUCGACGCAGCGGUCCCUGGCCGACGACGCGACGCCCGCCGAGGCGUCCGAGACGAGCUGAUUCUCCUUUCCUUGUGACCGCGUCUGCGCGAUGGCGUGGUGGUUCACGGUCUAGGUUCACGGAGGCCGCGCCUGCGACACGGCCCGUCUCCGACACGCCUCGCUUGGCGAAUAAUACUAUUACUAGUACUAGAAGUAUACUAGUAUGAUUUUCCGAGUCGCUCCCGGCGACGUCCCGCGGCGGCACUUCUCGCGGCGACGACGGCGUAUGGCGCAUAAUAGUAUGGAUA